CAGAAGGUGGGGCCCAAUCCAGGCUGUAUUAAAUACAUGGAGUGGACCCAUUCUGGGUAAAGGAGCAUAAGGAGUGCAAAUUCCAUAAUGGAUCUAUCCGGAGCAGUCAUUCUUUUCCUUGUCAUCUACCUGUCUUGCCUUGCCAUUGUAUCAUUUAAGAGGAAACUAUCAAACAAGGGGAGACUUCCUCCAGGACCCACUCCCUUGCCUGUGAUUGGGAAUUUCCUACAGAUCAAGUCAUCAGAAACCUUAAAAUCUCUUCUCAGGCUGAGUGAAACAUAUGGCCCCGUGUUCACUGUUUAUUUUGGACCACGCCCGAUUGUGGUCUUGUGUGGACAUGAUGCCGUGAAAGAAGCCCUGAUAGACAAGGCAGAAGAAUUCAGUGGAAGGGCCACCCACUUUACCCUGGAACGGACCUUUGAAGGACAUGGGGUGGUCUUUGCCAAUGGAGAGCGUUGGAAGCAACUACGGCGAUUUUCUCUCACCGUCUUGAGGGAUUUUGGAAUGGGGAAAAAAUCCAUUCAUGAGCGAAUCCAGGAGGAGGCCCAAUUCCUGCUGGAGGAAUUCAGGAAGACUAAGGAGAAGCCCUUUGAUCCGACUUACUUCCUCAGUCGGGCUGUCUCCAAUGUCAUAUGCUCCAUUGUCUUUGGGGACCGCUUUGACUAUGAAGAUAAGGAAUUCCAGGCCCUUAUGGAGAUGAUGAACAACAGCUUCCGAGAGCUAAGCACAUCCUGGUCUCAGCUUUAUGACAUGUAUGAAAACCUUCUGAAGUAUUUCCCUGGACCCCACACUAAAAUCUAUGAUAUCCUGGAAGAUAUGAUAAGCUUCAUUGUUAAGAAAGUGAAGAAGAAUAAAGACACCUUUGAUCCCAACUACCCACGGGAUUUCAUCGAUUGCUUCCUUGCCCAGAUGGAGAAGGAAAAAGACAAGGCAUCCAGUGAAUUCAAUGACAGGAACUUAUUACUCACGACCCUGAACCUCUUCUUUGCUGGUACAGAGACAGUCAGCUCCACCCUGAGAUAUGGGUUUCUGUUUCUGAUGAAACAUCCUGAAGUUCAAGCAAAAGUGCAUGAAGAAAUUGAUCGAGUGAUUGGCCACAAUCGUGUCCCAAACAUCGAAGACCGGAGCCAGAUGCCAUACAUGGAUGCCGUCAUCCAUGAAAUACAGAGAUGCAGUGAUCUCAUUCCCAUGGAUUUGGCUCACCGGGUUAUCUGUGACACUGAAUUCAGAGGAUACCUCAUCCCUAAGGGGACAGAAAUCUAUCCUGUUCUCAGCAGUGUCCUUCAUGACCCCAAAAUGUUUAAAAGACCCUUUGCUUUCUACCCAGAGAAUUUCCUGGAUGAGAAUGGGCGUUUCAAGAAGAAUGACGCCUUUGUCCCAUUCUCCUCGGGGAAACGGAUUUGUCUUGGUGAAGCCUUGGCCCGCAUGGAGCUUUUCCUCUUCUUCACCACCAUCCUGCAGAGUUUCCAGCUGAAGUCUCUUGUACCCCCUGAAGAUAUUAACACCAGUCCUCAGGAGAGUGGCUUUGCCACCAUUCCACCUUUCUACCAGCUCUCCAUCAUCCCACGCUGAGGCAAAGGAUGCAUGGUCUACAGCCGUCACUCUCUUAUAUAUGCUGAAUACCACAGCUCCUCAGUGGAGACCCCACAUUCUGUUUUCUAGCUCAGACAUAGUUUCUUUUAAAUAAAUUGGUCUCUGCACUUCAUCCACAGAUCAGGGCUUGUUAGAAUGUAGGCUUCUUGAUAACCCCCGCUGAGAGUCAAGAACCUCAUGAUUAACUGUAUACUGUGACAUCUGCCUUGAGUCCAAAGGCUGUGAUGCUGUUUUCUCUAGUUUUGCCUCUAUACCUAUGAAGUGUUUAAGCCUUGGGGUCACCUUGAAAUAUAACAGCAAUGCAUUGA